CACUGUGGAUUUAUCCCGUAAGGUUUAUUAUAUAAGAUUUUGACUUGGGCUUUGCCAUCUGUGGUCAACCGUACUAUCCAUAUAUUCAGCGUAUCAUGCGUAUUAUCAAUUAAGUUUAGAAAGAAUAUUAGUGUUAAAGUUUCCUAAAAUUACGUCAAACAUCAUAAAAAGGAACAAAGACUAAAUAUGAAAAACGUUUCAUUUCAAUAUGUAUUUGAUAAAACGAUUGUAUCCGUAACACACAGAAACCCGCCAACACUGUAUAGAAAACUCUGUUUUUUUCAAACGAAUUAGGUUAUGUUAUGUUCUUUACAGAUUAAGUUUUUUGUUUUGUUUACAUUGCCAUCGUCGAGGGUUAUUUAAAUUUUUUAUUUGUUAAGACGAUGGGUUUGUGGACGAACUCGAAUUCCGGUGAAUCGGACGAUGACAAUUCGGAUGGUACUUUAAAAAUUGUCUUGGAGAGUCCUAAUAAAAGAAAAAAGUUUGUACCUAGUGAAACUGAAAAGGAAAUAAUCAAAGAGGUGGAAGAAACAAUUGAAGAAAACUUAACGGAAAAAGCUGCUAAAGUAAACUUAAGUACAUGUGAUGUUAAAAAGAUUAUUAGACAAUUUGUAAAAAAUGAACAUGUACUGGCAUUGGUGCGACAGGCUGAGAACUCAGUUGAAAAUCAGACAACUCCAGUAUUUGAGCCAAAGUUCACCAGGGCAAAGGCAAAGGAAUUGUUGUCCACUGUACCAAAUCCCCUACUUGUCGAUCCAAAACCUACCACAAAAUCAGAGACUCAUGUGCUUUUUCAAGAAGAUCUUCAGGAAGAUUCAUCUGGAGAUGACUAUGUACCUGACGAAGAAGAGAGUGAAGAUGAUAGAGAUAGUUCAGUAGUCAGUGAUUCAGAUGUGUUAUCAAUUCCACCCAUGACACCUCCUACACCACAAUCACAAGAUACGUUAAUUCAAACACAAUGGUCAGAAGAUGGUAUCUUCAAGAUUCCACAAAACAAGGAAAUAAACAACAAAUGCGAGGAUGAUGCAAAUAUUGCCCUCAGAACUCGUUCCAAAUUAUCCUUGAGUGCAACUCCUUUAGAACUUAUUGAAGAACAGUUCAUUCCACCAGAUAUAACAACUGAUAUGUAUGAUAUGGAUUGUGAUGAUGAAGAUUGGAGAGAUUUUCUUAAAAAAUUUACAAGACCUUUGGAUGAGGUUGCCAAAUCUGCGGAAGAUGAUGAUCAUGAUCCUGAAUAUAACAUUCUAUCAGAUAUUGACAAGGUGAAUAAAGAAGAAUUAAGGGAGGAAUUAAGAGUUGAUAAGGCUGUCAAAGUAUCAAGGAAGGAAUUAAAUGCACUUAUGGCCGAAUUGUUAGAAUUUACUAAUUGUGCUUUUGAAAAAGAAAAUAUUGGUUUAGAAGGUGCAAGAGAAGAAAUAACUGUACAAUCAAUAGAAAACGAAUCAGCUCAAAAGAAUUUUGAAGAGAAUCCUGCUGAAGUAUUAAUAUUAAGGUCUCAAAUUCCUCUUUUAGAACAGCAAUUAAGACAGCAUGUUCAAAUUUUGGUACAAAAUUUUUUAUUAAUUUAUGAACACCCUGAAUAUCAUGAACAUUCACUUGUAUUUAAGGAGUAUUUAUUGAAUCUAAAAUAUCUAUCUUUGAACAAGAAUGCAUCUAUAUUUUACAUUUUGAACUUGGAUGAGGCUUUAGAUAUUGUAACUAAUUGGCAGCUCAUGUUUCUCUCUAAACCUGAAGAAGGUCAAAAAAUUAAACAGCAUUUUGAAAAUGAUAUUUGUGAAUCGUUGCGGAGAAAAAACAGUGGUAAUUAUGACUAUGUUUCUACAAUUCCGCCAGAUAUUCUAGGGAUAAUAAGUAGUAGUAAAGUAUUCUUAUAUACUUCACUACUGCCACGAAUACCAUACAAAUCUGAACAGUUCUUUUCAAAGAAGAAAGUCGUAUUUGAAAACACGGAAGACAAUUUAAUUGCCUUAGGUCUGGAAAGAUUCAUGCCUUCCCCAGAGGAGUGUAGUGAUUUCCGUAACAAAGCCACUAUCAAAAAAGUUUCCAAAACUAUUCAGGAAAAUAUUCUUUCCACAAAAUCGUUCAUGAACAUCUAUAAUCAUAUAAUCUCAAUGAAGAGUACCCGUUGUGCCAACAAUCCCAUUAAGUAUUAUUUCCAAAACAAAAAGGCACCAUCUACUACACACUAUGUAUAUCCCCUGAACCAGUUGAAAGUGAUACCUCCGUGCGAGCGUAGUCCGGAAGAGCUGCCGUUGCAAAUCAGAGAAUAUGUAUGCAAAAAUAAACAAAUGGAAAAUAAUAAUGAGACGCAGUUUAUGAAUGAAACAACAGUUUUUGUACAGCCAUUGAUUAAUGUAUUGCCCCCAUAUAACCACUCUACCAAGAGAGUAUUGUUACCUCGGAUAACCAACGGAGUUUUAUUGAACAAGAGCAGCGUUUUGCUAGAACCAAUCAUAACCUCAACGCCGUUGAGGCCAAGACGAAGUCGUAGACAGGCAAACAAAAAGAAGAAAAACAAUAACCAAGCAAAUGUGUCUUCAUUUCUUAAGAGUACACCAUUAGAAAAUUUUAUCAGGAUCUUAAAACAGCCUACACAAUCAAGAAAGAUACUACAAUUGUCUUCAUCAACUAUCACUAGUCCUGUUUCAACUCUGUGCGACACAACGUUAACAAACAGUCUCUCAAUGUUGCCUAGCAUGCCCAAUUUAAACACUCCCGUUAAGAACACUUACGAGAAUGUGACAACACCAAUAAGUGAGGUGUCAUCCACACGUAAUAUCUUAAAGAAUCUGGCAGAAGAACUGAUCAUAGAGCCAGUCGAAAAUUGUAAGGAAGCUGACACUUCAAAUGAAUCAACUAGUCAAUUAUGUAUAGAAAAAACUGUGAGUAAAGAAGUGUCCAAGCCAGUUCCAGAGCCUGCACCCAUCAAAAGUCUGUCGACAAAUGCAAGUACUAGUGCUCCCAAAACUUCGAAAGAAAAGGAUAAUCUAGAUGAUAUAAAUGCUUUGAUGAUAGCCAGUUCUACUGUAAAAAGUACCAAAAAAGAACCAUCAGGAGCAGAAAAAAAGAGGGCAAAAAUACGAAGAGAAUUUUUAGCGAACAUUGCAAUAUGUUCCCCACAAGACCCAGAGCAAGAGACCAAGAAAGAUGAAAUGUUUGCUAUGGCCUAUUACGACAAAUUACGUGAAACCCUAGAGCUAGACCAUUACCACAAAAUAAUGCAGAUUCUUAAUGAACACGAAGCUGGCGACGCUGUAGAUCUAUACCUGAAAAUCAUGAACGUGCUGCGCCCACAAUACAAUGAUCUCGCCGAUGAGUUUUUGUUAUUCCUGAGAGAUCGCGAAGCUGCCGCCGUGGGUCAGUAUAUUCCGUGGGUUAAAAUGUCCACUAGGUCGAAGUUUCUACGCAAACUGGAAGUUUAUUUUAAAGAUCAACCGGCCCAACUGAGAAAGAUAUUUAAAAGCUUAACAGAACUAUCUGACUGUGAAGAUAUAUCCAUAGAAAAGGUGAAAAGCACAAUUCUGCCAAUGUUGAAAGGAAAUGCUGUACUUGUCGACUUGUUUUUGCAAAACUUCCUCAACGAACCUCCUCCAAAAAGCUUAUUGCAAGGUGACUAUGAACAAAUUGAUAUACGGGCAGAAAUGUCAAGGACAGACAGUGAAAUAUUAAGUGAAAAUAUUACUAUUCCUGAUGGGGAGGAUGUAUAUGGAGGAUCAUCCUGCAUAUGUUCAUGCCAUAAAAUAGAAGAUCCCGAGUUUAAAUCCAGGCAUAGACACUGCAUUCCUUGUGGAAUAAAGUUCAUUCAAGGUAAAAUUUACAUUCAAAGUGGACGGGGUUUACGACCAGCGACAGUAUCAUUUCUUACAAACUCUAAUAAAGAUCACAAUCUAAGAUUGACUGGAAAAACUGUUCAAUCCAGGAAAAAAAGAUCUGACACUAGCCCUUCCAAACAAGUGAAUUUAUCGCCUACCAAAGACAAUGUAGAUGAAGAGAGCGAGGAUGAUAUAGAUGGUAAGAAAAAAGUGAAACCUAGGAGGCCUAGAAAGACGAAGAAACAACAGGACAAAAAACCUUCCAAAGAACCGUCCAAAAGUUCCAAACCAAAAACCUUAGACCAAAAUGAGACUGAAAGUUUACAACCAGAAAAACCGGUUAGAAAACGAUCUGUAUCUAAGAAAUCUAUUAAGGAAACUAAGACUGAAGAAACUAUAAAAAUGGACGAAACUAGAGAACCGGAGACGAAGCCGGGUUUUACGGGGGGACAGUGCAAACGGUUAGCUGAAGAAUCAUUGGAAUGGGACUGUGGAACUUCCAUCGAGUCGAUGGAAGUGAAGCCCUGCAGUCCGGGAACACAAACUGCGGAAUCAGAGAGCGAGUUUUGUGAGGAAUCGUCACAAGAUAAUUGUGAAUCAGACAGCAAUUCUAGUAUAUCUAGUAACGCUCAUUCCCAAAGCGAUACGAACAUUGGGGAUGACCUAACUUGGACAAGGGAAGAAGAUAAAAUCAUACUUCAGACGUUUCAAAAGGAAAAUGACAAGGAACAUGCAUAUUCUUCGAUAGCGAAGAAAUUAACAAAUAGAACAGUUCCGCAAAUCAGAAAUAGAUUUCAAACGUUGAUGACUUUGUUAAUGGAACAAUUACAGUGAUGUGAUACAAUUACAGCAUGUGUUUUAAAAGUAUUAAUGUAAACUUUAUUAGAAAUAUAUUUUUAUUUAAAAACAA